ACACGCAAACGGACUUCCUGUGUGAAGAUCAAGAUGGUACGAUCGCUUCUGCAUGCGUCUCGCGCACUUGCUCUGCAAUGGAAAAUAUGUUAAAAUUAUUUGGCGGUGUCUCAUUAUUUCUGCCCGUGGGCAUUUAGGAAGUUUCCCACGAGUUUGAGCCACAGACGCGUUAAAUAAGAAAAGUGGACUGCAAAAUAGUUUUUAUAAGAUCUGUUCAGAGACAGCGGUGAAUUUGGGUAACACGCUCCUCAGUCGUGCGAUGUGAAACAUGGACCAUCCAGCGUAUCAUGGUCCCAUAACCAAACAGAGAUGCGAGGAGUUAAUGGUUAAGAAAGGCAAGGAUGGAACAUACCUCAUCCGUGACAGUGAGACCAUCCAGGGUGCUCUUUGCCUUUGUGUGUACAAACAAAAAGUAGUUUAUACCUACAGGAUCCUACAAACCCACACUGGAUACUUUACUCUACAGACUACUCCAGGAGCAGAAGAAAAGUUUUUUAAGUCAUUGAAAGAGCUUAUUCGUAAUUAUAAACAGAAAAACCAAGGAUUAGCAACACACCUACGUCGUUCACUGAAAAUAAAGAGCUUCCAGGAACAACCUGUGCAAUGUCCAGAUCCUCUUGUGCCUGAUGAGGAUAAUGACUAUGAAAAUGUGGAGUGCUCUGGGGAUUAUGUAGUUGUUCUUCCCAAUUGAUUUAGACAUAAAACAACGUUCUGUUCUGAAUGGGAAACAGGAUUAACCAAUAACAAUAGAGACUUUCUGAGAAGUUCCUGGAAGAAAUUUAAAUAUUUUGUAAAAAUGACCACAUUAAUUGUAUAUACAUGUUAUGUUUGCUGUGUAAAUAUUUUGUUCAAUAUGAAUGUGCUGUCUUGACUUGGCAAGUUAUUUGUUUGAUGUUUUUAAUAAAAAUAAAUAAAUGUGGUUUAAGUUUUUAA